AUGAGCGGUAAAGGCUUCGAAGAAGACAACCAAACACUUGAAAUCUUGAGGCUCGCGUUGGGGUGGACCAAGAGUGAAAUCUACGUGUUAACGAUGCACUGGCUCAUUGUCGGCGUCGAGAUGUACUUGUUCUGGCCUUUAUAUCCAAAUUUCCCACACGUUUGGGGAGAUAGUGUUAUGGGAAUGGUGAUGAUUCAAUACGUUACUGGCGUGAUAAGCUAUGCUUCGAUGUCGCAUCCUUUAACAGCCCUAACUUUUUCUCAUAUAGCUACUAGAUACGUUUAUCUCUACUCUAUCUAUAUUACUUCCUCUGUCGCGUACAUCCUCUUCCUGAUCGUCGCUGAAGUCGAAGACAACGUGUCGGUCGAUUGGAUUAGUCAUAUGCUUGGAUUGUUGGCUCUAGCAUUCCUCGUAGCAAUUGUGUCCGUGGAAUUCGCAAUUGGAUUUGGUUCUUUUACCAGUCUUGUUUGUUUCUGGUAUAUCGUGAAACACUUCAAGGAAAAGGAAACCCUAGAUCCGUCGUUAGCCCCAAUUUCAAGCAGCUCAGAGAAGUUAAAUCUUGUUAUCUUGAUGGCUCUUGGAGGAGCCAUUGUGUUUGUCCAGAUUGGAUUAGCUAUGGGACUUGAGCAAACUAAACUUUCCCCGAUUUAUUUUGGAUUCUCGUUUGCUUCCUAUGUUUUCUUCCGAUUCAUUGAAGUGUUGGAAGGGAACAUCACCGUCAAAUCAAUCUCUGCUCAUAUCAGCCGUUGUGCAGGAAUACUCAGUCUUUGUUUCUUCGUCGGAUUGAUUUCUCAAGAGUUUGCUAUAGGUAUCUUCGUCUCUACCCUUGUGUUACUCUUGCUCUACCUUUGCAAGAGUUGGUGCAAGAGUUGGUUGACCAAUCCAACUGCCCAAGACUUGGCCGACGAAGUUCAGACGCUUCUCCAAUUCGAAGAUAUCCCUCAUUCCAGCGGUGGUGAAAUCGUAUAA